AUGAUGUCGAAUUUGAAGUUAUGGAAAUCUUGGAAGAGUGCUUCCAGCGAUAUCAUUUCACUAGCUUGGUCGCCCAAUGGCACGCAAUUCGCCGCAGGUGCAACUGCUCCAUCCGAUGCGUACAAUCGCAAGAACAACUUUCUUGUCGGAGACCUGGUUCAUAACACUCUAUAUGAGAUCCCUGAUCAUUGGGUCCCUCCAGAGUCCUCCGCAAGUAUGGAUGAGCGCAUCUACACGAGUGUCACCGCUGCACAAUGGGUUGGAGAUCGCCUUUUUUCUGCGAGUUACGAUUCGACUGUCAAAAUUUGGGACGUUGGACUUGGUCAAAAUGAAAAGAACCGACCCGCUUGUAUUCAAACUUUGAAACAUGCGUCAAGUGUCUUGGUAAUGGCCCUGCCAAAGGGAAAUCCCAAUAUUCUCGCAACUGGUGCGGAGGGGUUUCGUUUGUGGAGUUUGCCAGAGGGUGAGAAUCCAACAGAACAAUACCUGCCAAUACAUCGUAUGGCUCGUCAAAAGUCUGGCAUUGAUCUGGAGCCAACAAAUCUCGCAUGGGGAGAGAUCAAAUCAACAUCCAACGUCUUGGUUGGGGGUAUGGCAGCAAAGAUUUCGGACGAUUACAAAGUCUCAGAGCGAGGUCACCUAGAAAUGUGGCGAGUCUGUGAAUCAGAUGUCACGUCGCAUAAAUUGGUCCCAGAUUCGCAAAAUGUCUUUGACAUCAAAUGGCAUCCUAGCCUGCCACGAUUUGCAACUGCCAUUGCGGCCAAUCCUCAAAUGGUUCUUCCCCGGGGUUCGCACUCUGUUGUUAAUGUCUACGACUACAACCCAGGCGAGGAUAAAAGACCCAUGAAACUCGCAUGUCCAGCCAGAGACAUUAAUGAGUUAACCUUCUGUCCGAUGAGCAGCAACUAUGUCACCGCUAGUUGCACCGAUGGCGCGACAUACGUGUGGGACAUUCGCUAUCAUACGAAGACUGUUCAUAAACUUCAGCACGGAUGUCCUCUCCAUCCCAUUGACCCAGCCUAUCCUCGCGAAAUUACAGAUUUUGGUGUUACUCUUGCACAGUGGGGAGCCAGCAUAGACCAGUUUUAUACCGGCUCAUCGGACGGAUAUCUCAAACAGUGGGAUAUUCGCCAGGCUCCUGAGAAUGCACUGAUUGCCAACCAGGCUAGCAUCGAACAGGGAAUUUCCAGUGGUGUCUUUUCGCAAGACAAAACCCAGUUGCUGAUUGGCGACCACGGAGGAGGUCUUUGGGUAUUUUCAUCCAUGUUCAACCUCAAUGCGCAAGAUACGAACAAGAAAUCAGGAAGAAAGCCAACGCAAUUCAACUUCAAGUCUGCAGCAAUGACCACCAGUUCCGAGUCAGAGAUGGCUGGAAUCGAAGCCAGUCGAGAGUUAAUAGCAUCAGGCGAACUGUUCGUUCAUCCGAUCUUCGGAGCUGGUCAAGCGAAGAACUACAAAGGCCCCUAUGCCCCUUGGGCUCGAAAGCCGAAUACACCAUUGGCGCAGUUAGCGAAAACUCCUUUGCUCCCAGAGUAUGAAGUUCGCCAGUUUCACGGACUUGCAUGGCCUGAUCGACCUGGGAUCGAUACAACUAUUCAGAGUGAAUUAGAGAACAACCUGGCCAUUGCCAUGGCCCGAAACCAUCGGCCUUCAGCCCUUGCCCCAAUCCCAUCCACAGAGGUUGAGUCAGUGCUAACAACUGGCUAUAUACCGUCCGUGAAACGCAAGCGAAAGCGUGCAAUUUCCGACUGUGGCAAGGAGAUCAAUACUCCCAAGGAGUUCAUUGAUAUUCCGGACCAGAAGGUUCAUCCGUUAAUCGUCCAAACUCCUGAGAAGGUGAAGUCCAAGCAGAAACACUUUAACCGCGAAGGAAAAAAGAAAAAGGUGCCUAGUGAAGCUCCUGGAAUUGGGAUCAUAGUAUACAAUGACAGGGAAGUGAUCGACCUCACUGGCGAUUCACCUGAGCCCACCUUGGAGACCCGUGAGGAACGUGAAAAAAGGGUAAAAAGACUCAAGAGAGAGGCCAAAGAAGCUAAAGCCCAACACAAAGAAGAGCGCAAAGAGAAACGCAGAAAGCGCAAGCUCGAGAAGGAAAGUCUACUCGAGAAAGAGUGUCCCAUCAGCCAUGAUGAGGAGGACCACUGGUGGCCUCCCAACGGGACCUACGAUGCCAAUAUUUACAAUAGUGAUUGA